AUGGCAGGUGCGAAACGGGGCCUUUCCGGUCUCCAAAGGGAGGUUUUGGCCCUCUAUAGACAGUGUCUUCGAGAGGUCCGCAAGAAGCCCGAGGUGAGAGACCUAUUUCUCUGGAACGAAUUUGACAAGUUCAUCACAGUAGACAAGCGCGACUUCUCCGUGGUUGAACAUUUGCUGAGGAAGGGUCGGCGCCAGCUCGAAACUUACUCAUCGCCGAGCAUUAAAGAUGUCAUGAGGUGA